UCCCUCGCUCGUCCGAAUUCGGUGGCGCCACGUCCGCCGGUCUCCGCGUUCUGCAACGGGGCUGGAGCGGCUUCCGCCUCGACACUUUCCACUCGCCCAGCGGACCGCGUCGUGAGGGGGCCGGGACGGGAGUCGGGCGGCUUUGCACAUCCCGGCCACCGAAGAGGCGAAGAUGUCGGACAUCGGGGACUGGUUCAGGAGCAUCCCGGCCAUCACGCGCUAUUGGUUCGCCGCCACCGUCGCUGUGCCCUUAGUCGGCAAACUCGGUCUCAUCAGCCCGGCCUAUUUCUUCCUCUGGCCCGAAGCCUUCCUCUAUCGCUUCCAGAUUUGGAGGCCGGUUACUGCCACCUUUUAUUUCCCUGUGGGUCCGGGAACUGGAUUUCUUUAUUUGGUCAAUUUAUAUUUCUUAUAUCAGUACUCUACACGACUCGAAACAGGAGCUUUUGAUGGGAGGCCAGCAGACUAUUUAUUCAUGCUCCUCUUUAACUGGAUUUGCAUCGUGAUUACUGGCUUAGCAAUGGAUAUGCAGUUGCUGAUGAUUCCUCUGAUCAUGUCAGUACUUUAUGUCUGGGCCCAGUUGAACAGAGACAUGAUUGUAUCAUUUUGGUUUGGAACACGAUUUAAGGCCUGUUAUUUACCUUGGGUUAUCCUUGGAUUCAACUAUAUCAUCGGAGGCUCGGUCAUCAAUGAGCUAAUUGGAAAUCUUGUUGGACAUCUUUAUUUCUUCCUCAUGUUCAGAUACCCAAUGGACUUGGGAGGAAGGAAUUUUCUAUCCACGCCUCAGUUUUUGUACCGCUGGCUGCCUAGCAGGAGAGGAGGGGUGUCAGGGUUUGGUGUGCCCCCCGCUAGCAUGAGGCGAGCGGCUGACCAGAACGGCGGAGGCGGGAGACACAACUGGGGACAGGGCUUUAGGCUCGGGGACCAGUGACGGAGUGGCCUCUGGCCUGCCCACCAGCCCCCCACUCAGAUGACGUUUCCUCCCAGUGCCAGGUGACCUUUACCACCGAGUUCUAGCUAACGCUGUUGGACAUGACCCACACUGAAUGUAGUCUUUCAGUACAAGACAAGUUUUUUAAAUCCUGAAGAAAAAAUAUAUGUUCCUUGAGUUUUGUGAUUCUCAUUCAAGUCCUUACUGCUAAGAAGAACAAAUAUCAACUGGGCAGAUUUC